AAAUAUGAUGCAAGACCCGAUUGGAAUUCCUACUUGUUUUUCAUAUGGUGAUAGAUUCACGGAUGACCCCGCUGCGGUAACGAGGUCAGGUCAGAGUGUUUUCAUGUCUAUAUACCAAACAAAAGUCGCAGGUCAGUGUCGUCUGAUAACCAUUACAUGGUGUAAGAAUAUGUUGCUUCACGGUCUGUCGAUCUCUGCGGAUGGGCAAGACGGCGAAAAUCAUUACAGCUGCAAAGUUGAGGUAAAACCGUGGUAUUUCUGGAGGAAACAAGGGUCUAAAGGAUUUCAAGUAGACGGUGAAGCAGUAGAUAUAUUUUGGGACCUUAAAACAGCAAAGUUCAAUGGGGAAACUGAACCACAGUCAGAUUUUUAUGUUGCCAUUGCUUGUCAAGAUGAAGUUGUGUUGCUUCUAGGUGAUCAAAAGAAAGAUGCAUACAGAAAAACCGGUUGCCGGCCGGCACUUAUCGAACCGAUAUUAGUUUCGAGGAAAGAGCACAUAUUUGGUAAGAAAAAAUUCACAACGAGAGCUAAAUUUCUUGACAAAGGCAAGUCUCACGAAAUC